GCGGGCGGCCCCCGCCUCCGCCGCCAUGUUGUGGGGCUGACGCCGCCGCCGCGGGAGGCGGAGGAGGAGCUGGAGGCGGUGGCGGCGGCCCUUGCGGAGCAGGCGCUCACGGGCAGCAACAGAUGGCUAAGAGCUAGCAAGGCAUAUUCAGGACCAUGAUGGCUCAGUUUCCCACAGCCGUGAAUGGAGGUCCGAACAUAUGGGCCAUCACCUCUGAAGAGCGGGCCAAGCAUGACAAGCAGUUUGAUAGCCUUAAACCCACAGGAGGCUACAUUACAGGUGAUCAAGCACGUACCUUUUUUUUGCAAUCAGGUCUACCAGCUUCAAUUCUUGCUGAAAUAUGGACACUAUCGGACCUGAACAAGGAUGGAAAAAUGGAUCAACAGGAGUUCUCUAUAGCCAUGAAACUCAUCAAGCUGAAAUUGCAAGGACAGCACUUGCCUGCGGUUCUCCCUCCUGUCAUGAAACAAACUCCAGUAUUUUCGCCGCUAAUGUCAGCUCGCUUUGGAAUGGGUAGUAUGCCAAAUCUGUCCAUGCCAACGUCUAUGUCUACGAUCACACCAUUAGCUCCCAUGUCUCUGACCUCCAUGACUUCCAUUCCUCCUUUGGUUAUCUCUGCUCCCCUGGUGCCUUCUGCCAGUACCUCCUCGUUGCCAAAUGGAACAUCCAGCCUUCUGCAGCCUUUGUCCGUACCUUUCUCUUCAACACUGCCUCAUACUGGUUCUUUAGGUCCCAUGGCAGGAGGGUUUGGUGGUACUAGUAUACAGAAGGCACAGUCAUUGAUCGAUUUAGGAUCUAGCAGCUCAAAUUCUUCAUCUAGUGCUUCAUUAGCUGGGAAUUCACCAAAGAUUGCAUCCUCAGACUGGGCGGUUCCUCAGGCCUCCAGAUUAAAGUACAGACAGAAAUUUAACAGUCUUGAUAAAAGUAUGAGUGGAUAUUUAUCAGGAUUUCAAGCAAGGAAUGCCCUUCUGCAAUCAAACCUUUCACAGACUCAGUUGGCUACUAUUUGGUCACUAGCUGAUGUUGAUGGAGAUGGACAGCUCAAAGCUGAUGAGUUUGUGUUAGCCAUGCACCUAACUGAUAUGGCCAAGGCCGGACAACCUCUGCCACUAACUCUGCCUCUCGAACUGGUGCCACCUUCUUUCAGAAGUGGAAAAUAUACUGAAAAUGUAAAUGGAACCCUGCCAUCUUACCAGCCUGUGCAAGAGGAGGAGCCACAGAAAAAACAGCCAGUGACAUUUGAGGACAAAAGGAAAGCCAACUACGAGAGAGGAAACAUGGAGCUGGAAAAACGCCGUCAGGUCCUUUUGGAGCAGCAGCAGAGAGAGGCUGAACGUAAGGCUCAGAAAGAAAGAGAAGAACAAGAGCGAAGAGAGAGGGAACGUCAGGAACAGGAACGGAAAAAACAACUCGAAAUGGAAAGGCAACUGGAGAGACAACGAGAGUUGGAAAGACAAAGGGAAGAAGAAAGGAGGAAAGAAAUAGAAAGGCGGGAGGCAGCAAAGCAAGAACUUGAGCGCCAGCGACGAUUGGAAUGGGAGAGAAUUCGUCGCCACGAACUUCUUAAUCAACGUAACAGGGAACAAGAAGAAAUUGUCAAGUUGACCUCUAAAAAGAAGAGCCUUAAUCUUGAAUUAGAAGCCCUGACGGACAAACAUCAGCAAAUCUCAGGCAGAUUGGAGGAUAUUCGAAGCAAAAAGCAAAUUCGAAAAACUGAACUGGAGGCUUUAGAUAAGAAAUAUGACCAAGGAAUCAUGGAAGUCAAGCAACUACAACAGCAGCUUCAGGAAUAUCAGAGUAAACUAAUCUAUUUAGUUCCUGAAAAGCAGUUGUUAAGUGAAAGAAUUAAAAAUGCUCAACUUGAAAACACUCAGAGUACAGGAAUCAGUUCAGUGCACAAGAAGUCCCUAGAAAAGGAAGAAUUAUGCCAAAGACUUAAGGAUCAACUGGAUGCCCUUGAGAAAGAAACUGCUUCUAAACUUGCUGAGAUGGAUGCAUUUAACAGCCAGCUUAAGGACCUGAGAGAAAGUUACAGCACACAGCAGUUAGCCUUGGAGCAGCUCCACAGGAUCAAGCAGGACAAAAUAAAAGAAGUAGAAAAAAGAAGAGCUGAACUUGCACAGAAAAAGCGACUGGAAGAUGAGGCUGCAAGGAAAGCAAAACGGGAGAAGGAGAACAGAUGGCAGGAAAACAUCCGAAGGGAAGAGGAAGAGAAAAAGAAGCGAUUGGAGGAAGAGCGCAUGCAGGAAAAAGUUCAAGAAAAGCUGAAAGCUGAAGAAGCCAUUGCUCUGAUGAGAGAAAGGGAAAAUAAACAACAGCUUCAUGCAGAUGAGGAAAAAAGCAGGCAAGCCACGAUCUUUAGGGAGACAGAACAACAAAGGCAGAGGCAACUGGAAGAAGAUAAAAGAAAGCAAGAACAAAUAGCAAAAGAAGCUGAGGAGAGGCGUAAGCAGAACGAAGAAAUAAAGAAGACAAAAGAAGUGACCAGCUCUCAAGAGGUGGAGAAACGUACUUCUAAAUUAAGCGUAAAUGAGAAAUUUGCAGAUCUGUUGAAACCAACAGAGGGUAAAAAUCUUAAACCACCCUGGAAAAAUGAAGGCAAUGCUGUUAGUGUCUCAGAGUCUAGGAAUCCAGUUGCCUUGGUAAAUUACAGAGCUUUAUAUCCAUUUGAAGCAAGGAAUCAUGAUGAAAUGAGCUUUAAUACUGGCGAUAUAAUUCAGGUUGAUGAAAAAACUGUGGGAGAGCCUGGUUGGCUUUAUGGGAGUUUUCAAGGACAUUUUGGUUGGUUUCCAUGCAAUUAUGUAGAAAAAAUACCAGAAGGAGAAAAAUCUUUAUCUCCUAAGAAGGCCUUACUUCCUCCUACAGUAUCAUUAUCUACUACCUCAACUGCUUCAGAACCACUUUCAUCAAGUAAAUCUGCAGAAGAAUCUGACUACCAAAAUAUACCUUUUUCUAGCCUGAAUGUUAAUACAGCAUGGCAACAGAAAUCAGCUUUUACUCGCACUGUAUCCCCUGGAUCUGUUUCACCCAUUCAUGGACAGGGGCAGCCUGUCGAGAACUUAAAAGCACAAGCACUUUGCUCUUGGACUGCAAAAAAAGAAAACCACUUGAAUUUUUCAAAAAAUGAUAUUAUUACUGUCCUGGAGCAACAGGAAAACUGGUGGUUUGGGGAGGUACAUGGAGGAAGGGGUUGGUUUCCAAAAUCGUAUGUCAAGCUCUUACCUGGGAGUGAAAUCAAGAAAGAGGAGCCAGAAGCUAUUUAUGCAGCUGUGAACAAAAAGCCUAAUACACAGCCUUACACAGCAGGAGAGGAGUAUGUUGCACUCUAUUCGUACUCAAGCUCUGAGCCUGGUGACUUGACUUUCACGGAAGGUGAGGAAAUCCUAGUGACCCAGAAAGAAGGGGAAUGGUGGACUGGGAGCAUUGAUGGCAGAACUGGAAUCUUUCCCUCCAAUUAUGUCAGACCAAAGGAUCAAGAAGCUUCUAGUAAUGCUGGCAAAACUGGAACAGUAAAUAAGAAACCCGAAAUUGCUCAGGUUACUACAGCCUAUGCUGCAUCAGGAACUGAACAGCUUAGUCUUGCUCCAGGACAGCUAAUACUUAUUCUGAAGAAAAAUUCUAGUGGAUGGUGGCAAGGAGAGUUGCAGGCAAGAGGGAAAAAGAGGCAGAAAGGAUGGUUCCCUGCCAGCCAUGUGAAAUUACUGGGUCUGAGCAGUGAGAGAACCACAUCUGCUGCUCCCUCAGUGUGUCAAGUGAUAGCGAUGUAUGAUUACAUGGCAAACAAUGAAGAUGAGCUCAGUUUCUCCAAAGGGCAGCUCAUUAAUGUACUGAGCAAAGAUGAUGCUGACUGGUGGCAAGGAGAAAUCAGUGGCGUGACAGGUCUCUUCCCCUCAAACUAUGUGAAGAUGACCACGGAUUCUGAUCCAAGUCAGCAGUGACCCAAUGUUGUCUUCCAGUGUGAAAGCACCUCAGAGACCCACUAUCCAAGUUUGACUGUAGCGUGGAGGCAGGGUGGCCAGCCCUGCUCACAUAUCUCUGACACAAUCCUUUUGCUUCGUUUGAACAUUAGAUCCAGUCAAGAAAUUAGGUUUUUGUGGGUUUUCUUAUAAUCUACAGUUACGGUUGAUUUGUAAAAGCAGAAGGGAUAGUGGGUCUUUGUGUGGCUUUCACUGCUGUUCAUUCUUGUUUCCUUUAGUAUUUUUCUUUGGUAUUGAUAAUCGUAGAUCAUUAGCAUGCAUACCAAGUUACCGUUUGCAUGGUGGGAUUGCAGACACACAAAGACCCACUAUUUGCACAGUUUAUCUGAGCUGUUUUGAUUGGGCAGUUGUUCUUUUGAUGUUGUGAUGUACGUACUUUGCAGAAUUAAAAUGUUCACUGACUACUGUUCUACUGGACUUGAUUUAAUCUCGUACAUAUUGAGCUUUUAAAACUGCAAGCCUACAAGGCUCACCCAGAGGACAAACCCUAGUUGUCUUUGCUGCUGAUAGUCACUGUGAUUAUAAACAUGCUACAAGAUCUAAGAUACAGAUCUGGUGCAGUCCAUCCACCCUUUUAAUAACCUUUUUAACUAGGGAAAGAACUAUUAUGCGUAGAGUGGAGGAUAUUUUAAUUUGUUUCUUCCUUCACAGUAGUACUGUAGCAGAAAUUUGGAUUAUUUUGGCUCAAUAUGUCCUACCCCUAAACAAUCUCCUUCCUUUAAAUACUUUAAUUCUGAUAAUUUGUAUUUGCUUUCAGUUUUGGUAAAUAGCAAACAUGUACUAGUUACUGCAGUAAGUACACUUACACAGCCCCUGUGCUACAAGACCCUUUCCCUGCCCCUUUUCUUCAUUAAAUAGUUAACGGUACCAAAUAGUGUUUUUAUCUGGCUGUGGUCUGGAGUGACUUAAAGUAGGUACUACCUGAAUCCUGCUGGUCUUCUGUUAAAUAAAUUGGAGCAGCCUAAUAUGUAGGUAACCUCGAUAAAGAGAUGUUGCCAGAAAAGAAACACUAACAGACACCUGGAGCUGAAGGCAGAGCGUUUGGGUUUAGGAAAGGAACUAUACUCCCCAGCUCAAAAGUGGUCCUUAAAGGUACAGUUAUGGCAUGUCAGCAAUAUGGUGCAGUAAUGGUGCCCAUGUUUGAUUAGUUUGGGGGGAGGGAGGGACCAGGACUUCAGGAGUAUAACCCUGAUACCCCUCUAAAUAAAAUUAUUAGUUUAAUACAGACUGCUUGUCUGCUUAAAUAGUUCUGUGCUUCUGUAAUGACAGGAGAGAUCUAGUAGGUGCAGUAUUUUAAUUUAGUUGGUUUUCUGAACUUGGUUACAAAACAGCAAAGGUCACUUAUGCAAUCAGAAAUGUUUACAAAACACUGCUUGUUUACUAUAUAUAUAUGAAUGUUGUGAAGGUACUAUCAGGAAAAGGUUAGUCCAAUUGCAGAGAUUUAAAAGCCUCUCUCCAAAAUUUCUGUUACAUAUUUAAUAUACUUGAUCAAAUAACGUAUAUGUGCCCUUGAGUUCAGAGAUAUAUCUUUUGUGCAAUACAGACUACAGCAAUGUGCCUACAUAAAACUACAAAUGUUUUUUUAUUCUGGAUGUAUUUUGUCUAAACCAAUAUUUUGUUACAGAAUGAAAUCAUGUUAUUGUAGGCAAAUAAUGUGCUAGAUAAUUCCUCAAGUAUUCUAGCUGACCUGAUUUCCUUAUGAAACUACGUUUUAAGUAUUUCUACUAAAAAUAUGCUAAUCACCCUGAAUUGCCUUCUCGGAUUUUUUGACUUUGAAAGCCUGUUUAGUGCAGGGUGAAGUGUGUUGUGCUACACCAGUGGCAUUGAGCAGUCACUUACUGUAGUCUAAUAAUUAGGUGAUCUUACAAAUUAUCCCAUUUCUAAAAGGCACCGUUAACAUGUGGGAUUUGAACCAAACUGGUUUCCCAGUGUUCAGUGACAGUUUUCCUUGAAUGCCAAAUUGCUACUAAUUGUCAUUGAAAAAUUAAAAACAGCUUCACAUCCUAUCUGGGAUGUUCUUGGAUGUAGUUACAUGGCAUUUUUCCAAAACCAACUGGCAUUCUACCCAUUUUUUAACUGAUACAGUUGGAGAUUAGGGUAUUGUUGGGUAUGUAGGUAUGAGCAUUGAUAAUUAUUGAAACAGCUGUUUCAUUGAUGAUUAUUCAAACAGCUGUCCUUCAGUUUGAACUGAUGAGUAUUGAAAUGAGGCAUUUUGGGCUUUUCAUGUUUCAGUAUUACCUGAGUGUGCUCUAAAUUCUCUAACUGUAGUAACAAAGAUAAAUAAUACACCUUAAUAAUAUUGACUGAAAGAGCUGUAGUCUCUGUCUUCAGUAUUUGUAUCUAUUGCAAAAGUCUUAACACAGGUCAAGCACAAUCACCUGAGAGCUCUGCUCUCCUGUCGCACACUGCUGCAGAAAGAACUGAAUACAAACACCAGACCAUUGAUAGGAAAGACUUAGGCCGAGGAUGGCCUUAAAAUAAGGCAAGCUUAUUUUAAAAUAAUGUUCUGUAACAAUGAGGAGGUAUAGCUAAUAAAAGCUGGGUUUAAAUAAGACUUUUUCUUUCAAAAAUGUUACUUUCUGUCUGGUUGUGUGCAAUCUAUUCUCUUGUUGAUAAAAGAGUUGAGUUCAGCUGUCAUCCCAGACAGCCAAGUAAAACUAGCAAUGAAGUGUUCAUUUAUCUAGGUGAAAAAGGUUGGCUUUGGAACUAAAGGCAAAGUGGAAAGUAGAGGUUUUUUGUUGAACUGGUGGUUCCCAGUCAAGAGCGGGGAGUCUAAAUGUUGCUCAGAGCCGCGCCAAGGUUAGCAGUUAAAACUGAAGCCAACCAGGAAAGCAAAAUACGUUGUUGCCUGCAGUGUAAUACUUGCUUAAUAUUGCUUCCUGCGGGCCAGCAGAGAAUAGGGGCCAUGGUGUAAUUGUGGGUAAAAAUGAGAACGAUGCUGCAAAUACGCAAGAACAGGUACUGAAACGCUUCCUGAUUUUUUUAACUGUCUAGUUUGCAUAACGGACUAACAACCUACAAACGUGUAGUUUUGCAAAAGCUUAGUUUACAGAGCUGAGUUCCUGAGCUAGCAGUUGGAUCGAUGCAGGAAAGUCUUGUGCCACCACCGAGACCUGCUUGCAGGGCUGGGGUGUGUGAGUAGUCAGUGAAUUGUGAAGGGCUGUGAAAGCAUACAAAGCGCUAUCUUAAUGUCAGUGUUAGUAAUGUUACAGUUAGUGCAGAAGGCAUAAAGCUCCAUCAAAAAAAGUUACGUGCUAAUAAUUGAAAUGUCUCCUACCAGUCACUGAAUAUUUAUGCCAUCUCGAUGCUUUCUCAGGUCAUAUCCCUGUGUGAUGUUCUUGAGUCGGGUUGGAAACACCUGUAAAUAAGUCUGCUCAUAGGAAUGCUGACCAACCUUGGCGUGUAGUAGUGUUGGGAGCUGCUGCAGGGUCACGCUACUUUAAUGUAAUGAACUAAUAAAACUGCUGCAAUGGUGUGUGCUGCCUUAAAAUCUUUUUUUGUUGUUCUUUUCAAGCUAGAGUGUUAAUGUUUGAGGAUGAUUGUUAAGACAUGCAAAUGCAGGCUGUGCUUAGCAUGAGGCAAUUGUUCAUCUUUGUUUUUAAACAAAGUUGUAAGAUAACUAUGCAAAUGUAUUUUAUUAAAGGGACACAUAAAAGGA